GAUGCAUUUCCUAAUUUUGGUUGUGUUUUUCUGGGUGGCGCUAUUUGCAUCAAUUAAAGGAAAUAAUAUUCCUGAUGAGGAGUUUUUGCUUCAGGUGGAGAAAACAGUGAGCUUUGACAGUUAUCCCGACCCAUCUGUUUUAGAUUUAUAUUAAUUAUGAAGUGAAAAAUGCUUAGCACCCAAAAUUAUAUAACUUCAAAUAAUGAUAUUAAAUUAUUAAUUGCAAUGACAAUUUUGUAAAAAUUUAAAAUAAGUAGUUUUACGAUUUAAAAGUGUUAUAAAAAGGUGCAAUCAAUAAAAUGUAUUAGGCAAGAAAAUCUAAAAAAACUGUUUAACAACGUCUUUCACUCAACCUCGUUGUUUACGUUAUUCAAACGUCUUUCUUCACUCCUAAGUAAAAACCCGGAUACUCCGAAAGCUCAAAUGGAAGACAUUUUAAUUGCCGAAUUGUGUGAAACAAUAGAACAGAUGGAGACCUCAAACAACCAAAAUUGCUGGCAAGCCGCUAAUGACAACUAUUCAAAUCCCCGACCACAGAGAAACCCAGCUAAAUAAACAUGCAACUACGCAAACGUGGUUAAAUAAUUUGCACGGAUUCUUAGAAACGAAAUUUAGUUGAAUCAAUAUUUGAAGUGAUUAAAAAUGAAAAGUAAAUAACACCCCAAAAAGAGGAGCUCUAUAAAUGGGGGAUCACGGGACACCAAAAGCCAGUUGAAAGAGGUUGUUCGCUUGGAAAAAUGCGUCUGUUCGUUGCUCUGCUUUGUGUCAGUUUGGUGGCAGUGUCCUCUGGCCAGUUGUCCCUUCGCGGAAGAUUAGGUCGCUCCGCUCAGUUAAAGCUGGCGGUGCAGCCCCCUUCCGUGCUGGUGAAGAAUGCCGGAAUUGUUUCGUCCGAUCUGCUGGCGAGUACUGCCGGAAUUGUUCCAUCUGUGCUGGUAAAGAGUGCCGGUAUUGUUCCGGCUGUCGAUGUGGCUGCUGAUGUGGAAACCCCGAACAUCCUGCCGCAAGUUUCGACUCUGCCCUACUAUCCCAGCUACUGGCCCGAUUAUGGAGCAUCCUCUGGUGGCUGGUAUCCCCAAGCCUGGAACAGUCCUCGCUACUGGAACAACAACUACCUCGAUUACGGAACUCCCUAUCUGCCUAGACGUCGAUUGGUUAAGUCCGUCGUGACGCCAGUCGUGACGCCCGUCGUGGCAUCCGCACCCGAAGCCUCGUCCUCAUCCUCCUCCACCACCACAACCACCACCACUGUGAACGGUGACCAAGCUGGUGAGGAUGCCGCCGUUGUCCCCGAUGUGGUGGCUGAUCCUGCCGAGUACUAGUUCACCACCCAGGAGAACUGAGCAGCAAAUGGGAUGAACUUCUAAUAAAGUUAUGUACAUAUUGAGCAAA